UUUAGGGAAUCCGGGACCGACGGGUCGACUUAACUCGAUUGGUGACUUGAUGAUCAAUCUAAGAAUAGGUAAAAGACGAGUGGACGAUUUGCGUAUGCAUCGCAGUGGGCUACAUGGCUAGGUUUAUGUUCGUUUCACCCGUUUUUGGAUCUUUUUAUUUGUUAAUAUAUUUACCUAGGAUGUGGGCAUGUAUAAAUCGAGAUGUUACAAAUUGGACAGAGACUUUGGGCCUUCAUAGAAGCACAGCAGAUGCACGAAGAACUGCCAAAGACUGUCCCAAAGGGUCCCGUUCCUUUCCAUCAUCGAUCAACACCGUUCUAACUCAGCAACGGAGUCAAUGUCGAAGGUUGAAGGUUGAACAGUUAUUUGGCAAUUACAUUGCCCCAGAACUCUCAUUAAGCACUAAAAUCCGAGGAUUUGACGGACAGCCAGUCCGUCAGAUGUUCAAAGCACGUCUGAAGUAUGUCCAACUCGCCGUUUUGACUCCUGACAACUUUUUUCAGCGUAUCGCUUCAAUUCAAAUACUCUAGGCGUGCAUCGGUGCAUGUUCAGGGCGCCAGUUGAACAGAUUGCCUGUAUGGAUUAUAUAAGGAUAUAAUUCUAUGCUGUAAAUGAGCAUUUUGCAGGUCUCGAACGCUCUCGCGGGACGGAAUCUUGCACCGUCUUGCGAAUAUCUUAGACGCGAUGGUCCAAUCAUAUUCGUCCAAGCAUAUUUCCCGCAAGUUGAU